UUAUCAGUAUUUAUAUUUAGCGCUGAUUAAACAUCUAGUAUUUAAAUAUUUAUUUAUUAUCUUGUGUUAGUUUAAUAAUAAUAAUGAUAUUUAUUUAUUCACUUCCAUUUGUCAUGACGAGGAUGAACAUACAAGAUCUCACAGAGAGCUAAUUGUUUAGCAAAUAACCGAGAAUAUGACAUAGAGGAGCGUGAAUCUCGUGAACAAGUGGUGGCUGGUAGAGUAGAGAAAUACCACAGAUAGAUGUUAAUAUGUCUGACAAUGUCGGUUGUUGAACAUUAACCAUCCUACACUUGUUUUAUCUCGGUGUUACUCAAACGAAAAGAUAAUAAAAAAGAAAAAAAAACACUCCCAACAAAAGCACGUGAUCUCCCGCUAACUCGAAACAGUCAGCAGUUUAUAUCGAAAAAUAAAUUUUUUUCGUCGACGAGCUAUAAAAUAAUAUUUAAACUCACAUUACAGGUUUCGAUACACAGAGGUAAUUUCAGGGAAGUAAAAUAAUAAGAAGAAAAAGCAAGAAAAAAAAAAGAGAAACCUAGAGAUGUGGAAGGGUCACGAGGGAUUGCCGUUAUAUAUCCUGGUGUUGUAUAUCCUCCUGUAUACAAUGAAUCCGGUAGACACCGACGAGAGAUCUCUGUCCAGAAGAAAACGUUAUGUAGUUUUUCCGGAAGGCUCAAGCUUUUCCAUUGCAUUGUGCAUGACCGUACACACAUUGACUCCCGACAAUAUAUUUACUGAAGGUUUGAAUUGGGGAAUAUCUUACGAUUUACCGAAUGAAAGUAAACCGUCAUUGGAUCCAUUUCUCCAAGUUCGUCGUAAGGAUCACCAGUCGGGUGAUUCAAUGAAGCAGCGUUAUCCUGAGUUACUCAAGACAGAUCAAUGGAUUCAAAAUGGAAAUUCACUCGGCUACGAAAAUUGGAAUAAAGGGACUUACAGUUACAAUGCACUUGACAAUUUUAAAAAUAGUAACAAAAAAAAAUCAGGAUCCACCAGCAAGACCAAAAUGCACUAUCGGAAAUCGGAUUACGACUACUUUAAACGACGACAUCGGCGGGAACUUUAUAACAAGCUCGAGGUCAUUAUAAACGCAAUGGGAUUCAAUGGACGUAUUUGCAUUUUACGUGCCCUGUGUGAAGCCUCGCAGCGUCUAAUGCCAAAGGGGAAUACUCUGGUUGAAGAAAUGAUGAGAAUAGCAUUCUCGCUACCUUUGAAGCGAGUCUUGAUGCCCUAUGAACCUAAAGAACAUCAUAUAUAUACGGAAGCACAUCGUGCUGGGCACAAGGGCGCCAGAUGCGAGUCCAUGUUCUCAGGAUGCUCGUUUUCACUGAUAGACAUGGCCUUGGGCAAAUACAGUAUCAAGUCUGACGACUACGGGAACAACAUCCAAUCUAAUAGUCUGAAUGUUCAUGAAGCUGUGGACGAUUCUGUUGGAAACUCUCUGAUGAGAUACAACAUGAAGUAAUAAUAAUAAUAAUCAUAAUAAUAAUAAUAAUAAUAAUAAUAUAAUGUAUAAGUAAAUCUAUUUUCCAACAUGAAAGCUUUGUUGUGCUAUUGCUUUUACUUAUUUAGUCCGUUUGUG